GGGAGGGGUGGGGGUGCAGUCAUGUCCCCCCGCCAUUAGUCUAGUCAGCAAGGUAAGAUCUGUUAACAAGGAGCCAAGUUUUCUCCUCGCUACAACGAACUAAAGACGAGAAGCAGAUGGAGGUACUGGUCACGUCCUUACUUCUGGCAGGCCUCCACGUGACGUCACAGGUGGAGGGGGUAGAGGUGGACGUAGCGAGCCACCUGAUGCACCUCACCACACACAGGUACCCAAACAUGGAACACAAUGAGGCGAGGGAGCGAACACUGGCCUACAUCACCGAACGGUUUGAAGAAUACGGACUAAGAGUGGAUCAUCAAGCUCUCAGCGCCUUCGCCUCCCCUGAUCCCACGAACCCCUUCCUCUGUCCUGAUCCUUCUUACAAUGUCCAGGGAGCAUGUACUGUAUCGGGGGUCAAUGUAAUAGGCGUGUCAGGACCGGAGAGGGAGGAGGCAGGGGCGGUGGUGGUGGUGGGCGCGGCCUACGACACAUCGGGCGUGGGUAGUCCGCUUUACGAUAACGGCGCGGGCUUGGCUGUGCUGCUGGAGGUGGCGCGGGUGUACCAGAGCUCUGUGUCACGCCCACGCCUGUCCACACUUUUCGUUGCUUUUGAUUUGAGUGUGGAGAGCUACUAUGUGACGAAAGAAGGCAGAAACGAAGAAGGAAAAGUAGAUGAAGAUGAUGGCAGUGUAAUUGGAGCAAGAGAAGAACAACAGCACAGUGAAGACGGAAGAAGAGAAGGAGGAGGCGGAGAUGGUGGAGGUGAAAGACGUAGCAGUGGCGGUGGUCUCCCAGGUGGAUGGAGUCUGGUGCAAGAUUACCUGAGGAGUUACCUGAAGCAGAACACCUCAUGCUUCGGCGGGGCCAUCGUGUUGGGGCCCCUAAUGAACGUGAACCACCGCGACCACUCCCAGGGGCUUGACGACCGCCUGCAGGAGCUGUUCCCCGGCGCCCAAGAGCAGGUAGCAGCAGGGGGCCACAGGGGGGACUUUGUGGCCAUGGUGACGAAGGGAGGCGACGAGGACGAGGUCGCCCUUAACCUGGGACGGCGGCUGACAGAGAGUUACAGGGAGAUGGGCGGAAGACUGGUGGAAUUAAAUCUUGGUAAUCGGUCACACAGCCUCCUGCCCCCCUCCCUCCCCACACGCCAGGCCGCGCACUUCUGGGACUCCACACGAAGGGGGAAAGCCGCCCCCCUGCCCGCCGUCCUUCUCACUGACACAGAGGAGUACCGCCAGUGGCCCCCCGACACCCCCGGUCCCUCCUACCGCCUGACAGGGGAGCAGCGCGCCUUCCUACACACCACCGUCACCAGCCUCGCCCACUUCCUGGUGUGGCGGGACCCUCAACAAGGACAAACUGACUGGCUGGUGGUUGGCUUGCUGACGACUCUUGUGGCUUCCUGGAUCAUCAACGGCCUGCUUCUCCUGCACCUAUGGCGUCUGUGUGCCUCCAGCCGCAAGGGGAAGCCGAAAGAGGCUGACCACUGCUCUGCCGAGGUGCUCAUCUCAAGGGGCGUGAAGUAUAGGCCGGAGGAUUCGAACUAGUGACCGCCCCUACCUUCAGCCAUCCCCCUCUCUCUCUCUCUCUCUCUCUCUCUCUCUCUUGUGGUUGUUGAAAGAAUUAUAUGUAUUUUUUCAUUGUAUUUAUUGUCUAUUUAUAUUUUUUUGUUUGUCCGUGGUAUGUAGUACUGUGUCAUACUGAAUACAAAAUCUUGACUUAU